UAUACAGUAUCAUCGGUAACAAUUGUGUAGAAGCCACCUAGCUAAUAAAAUACUGGGGCUGGCAGUCAUUAGUUACAUUUCAAUCAUAGCGAUAGCCAAAUUGAGGCGCAAUAGAGUUCACCGGCGAAUAGCGGAAAUAAUAACUAAACCAACGAACGAGAAAUGGUGGAGGCUACCAGAAUGACGAGAGACGUUUUUCCGAAUAAACAUGUGGGUCAUGUCUUCAACUGACCGAUCAACAAUGGCGACACCUGUCCCUGAGCAGCUGCUGGCCAUUCUGGAGGACAACCUGUGUGAAAAAAAACUUCAGAAAUUCAAAUGGCACCUGGUCCAGGGUGUAAAAGGUUUCCCUCAACACAUCCCAAAGGCCCGGCUGGACAAAGCCGACCACCAGGACACUGUGGAUAAGAUGGUGGAGACUUACGGCCUUGAGGGUGCAAAGAAGAUCACACUGGAGGUCCUGAGGAAGAUGAAGCUGAUUUAUCGCACUAAUAUGUGGACAGAACCAGCAGGCCGGAGUGCUCCAGCAGUGGUUCAACAAGUCAGAGAUGAACUGAAAUCGUACCUAAAGAAGAAGUAUGACCAAAUAUAUGAGGGGACGUCAAAGAAAGGGGAUUUCGUCUAUCUAAACAAGAUCUACACUGAGCUUUACGUGAUAGAUGGGGCCAUGGGAGGGGUCAGUGGUGAUCAUGAGGUCAGAUGUCUGGAUUCCAGAACACCAGCCACAGGAGAGACCAUUAAGCUCAGUGAAAUAUUCAAACCACAGCCUGAUCAGAAGAAACGAAUCAGAACAGUGCUUUCACUGGGCAUCGCUGGCGUGGGAAAAACGUCUGUUCAGAAGUUUAUUCUCGACUGGACAGAAGGAAAAGAGAACCAGGAUAUUGACUUCAUCAUUCCACUUCCUUUUCGCCAAAUCAAUAAAAUAAGAGAAGAAGACUGCAGUCUGAUUGACCUGCUUCAUCAGUUCUUCCCCUUCAUGGAACCAAUCGAUACUCUGGAGGAAGGUUUUAAGGUUCUGUUCAUCUUUGAUGGUCUGGAUGAGAGUCGACUCCCUCUGGCCCUUAAUCAUAAUAAAGAUGUGGCUAAAGAUACAAAAACAGCACCGCUGGACGUCCUGAUCACAAACCUCAUCACAGGACAGCUCCUCCCUUCUGCUCUCAUCUGGAUCACCUCCCGACCUGCAGCAGCCAAUCAGAUUGAUCGAAACUACAUCCACCAGUGGACCGAGAUACGAGGGUUCAAUGACCCUCAGAAGGAGGAGUACUUCAGGAAGAGAUUCUGUAAUGAUGACCAGGCCUACAGAAUCAUCAACCAUAUAAAGUCUUCAAGGAGCCUCCACAUUAUGUGUCACAUACCAGUGUUUUGUUGGAUUUCAGCCACUGUUCUGAAUGAUAUCCUGGGUAAAACAAAGAGUGGAGAGAUGCCAAAGACUCUGACUAAAAUGUACGAACACUUCCUGCUCUGCCAGACUGAUAAAAUGACAGAACAGAAGUAUCCCACAGGUAGUAAAAACGCUGUCCUUCAACUAGCAAAUCUAGCAUUCUGUCAACUGCAAAAAGGACAAUUGAUUUUCUAUGAGAAAGACCUGCGAGAGAGUGGUAUUGACAUUGAGGUGGCUAUAGUGUACUCCGGUGUGUGCACUGAAAUAUUUCUGGAGGAGGAGAAAGUGUUUAGCUUUGUGCAUCUGAGUGUUCAGGAGUUCCUUGCAGCUCUGUAUGCUUACCACUGUCACACAACAGACAACAACAAUGUACUUCUCCCAAAGCUGACAAGGAAACAUUCAAUAUAUUGUUUUGGAUGUAUUCCACAGUCUUGGACAUCUGUGUUUGACUUCCAUAAGACGGCAAUCGACAAAGCCUUAGAGAGCCAGAAUGGACACUUGGACCUUUUUCUCCGCUUUCUGCUUGGUCUUUCACUGGAGUCCAAUCAGAGACUCCUGAGUGGAAUCCUACCAGAGACAAAGGACAGAGAGGACAUUGAGAAAACAGUCAGCUACAUCAAGGAGAAAAUCCAAGAGGGCCAUUCUCCAGAGAAGAGCAUCAACCUGUUCCACUGUCUGAGUGAGCUGAAGGAUGAGUCUCUGGUGCUGGAGAUCCAGAGCUAUCUGAGAUCAGGGAGUCUGUCAGUGAAUGACCUGUCACCUACACAGUGGUCAGCACUCACCUUUGUGUUAAUGACAUCUGAGGAAACACAAGAGGCAUUUGACCUGAAGAAAUACAUCAGAUCAGAGGAGGGUCUCCUGAAGCUGUUGGCAGUCAUCACCUCCAGCAGGCGUGCUCUACUAGAUAGCUGUGAAAUGUUGGCAAAAGCUAUCGGCUCAAACUCCUCUUACAUGAAAGAGCUGGACCUGAGUGACAAUGACCUACAGGAUUCAGGAGUGAAACUGCUCUCUGCUGGUCUGAGGAGUUCACUCUGUAAACUGGAGACACUAAGACUGAAUAGAUGUAACCUCACAAAGAACUGCUGUGUAGCAUUGGCCUCAGCUCUGACUCUGAGGCCAAACGCCUCACACCUAAGGAAGCUGGACCUGAGUGACAACAAUCUACAAGACUCGGGUGUCCAGAAGCUUUCUGAUAGACUGAAUGAUCCACAAUGUAAACUGGAACACUGGGGUUGUCGUUCUGCGGAGUCACAGAGAAAGGCUGUGCUUAUCUGGCUUCAGCUCUGAGGUCAAACCCCUCCCACCUGAAAGAGCUGGACCUGAGCUACAAUCACCCAGGAGAUUCAGGAGUGAAGCUGCUCUCUGCUGGACAACAUACAGUCAGUUUUCACCCUGGAGGAGAAUACUGGUUCAGCGUUAGAUAUGUCUGUAACCUCACACUGGACCCGAACACAACAUACAGAAAUCUAUCUUUGUCUGAGGAGAACAGGAAGGUGACAUGGGUGACCAGGAAGCAGCCAUACCCUGAUCACCCUGAGAGAUUUGACUACUAUCAACAGGUGCUGUGUAGAGAGGGUCUAACUGGCCACUGCUACUGGGAGGUCGAGUGGAGUGGGAAUAGGGUUGAAAUAGGUAUGACAUAUAAAGGAAUCAGCAG